UGGCGGAUGAAGUUGACGAUAGUUUUGGUGAAUCUGUUAUUAAAAUUAAAACACAACAUUAGCUUUGCUGUAGAAAGCAUUCUUUAAGAAUGGCAACAAUAUUUAACACCACAACAUCCAAAGGAGCAGGAAAUUACAUUGGUGAAACCAAAAAGCAGCUUAGAGACGGUAAGAUCAGUCCAGAUCAGUCAGCUGUUUCAGCCCUUCGUUUCUUCUCAGCAUUGGUUCAUGUUUUGUGUAACAAAUAAGGUUAUUUUUUAAGGUUUUGGUGUUUAUAAUUACCCCAACAAAUUCUUCAGAUAUGAAGGAGAGUGGAGCAAGGGCAAGAAACAUGGUGGGUAGUUGUUACUUGUAUUUCUCUUGGAAUGAAUAUAAGCUUAAAUAGGCCUUUAAAAUAUGUCUGAGGGAAGUGAUAGUAGUAAUAAUAAUAAUAAUAAUAAUAAUACUAAUAAUAAUAAUAAUAAUAAUAAUAAUAAUCAUAAUAAUAAUAAUAAUAAUAAUAUUAAUAAUAAUAAUAAUAAUAAUAGUAAUAAUAAUAAUAGUAAUAAUAAUAGUUUAGUGCGAACGUAUCCACGUAAGUGGCUCUUCUUCUGAACAUACUAAAACUACUAACUAAAAAUUAGAAGGAUAACUUAAUAUAGUAUUAUAUUAGAAUUAUGUACAUAUAAUAAGGUAUCUACAAGUGGCUGAUUAAAAAGAUAUAACAGAUAUAAAACCAUUAAACAAAUAAAAAUGUGAAAGAAAUAAAAACAAGAAAUAAAUAAAUCAAAUCUAAUCUAAUCUAAAGUACGUAAAAUGAUUUAAGAAAAGUUAUAGCAUAAGGCUAGCGCAACUGCACCUCGUCCUUUCAGGGAAAUAGUAAAUUUAUUUCACAGAAACACACCUAGGAUUAAUUACUGAAUACGAUUUCAAGGAAAAGAGUGUGUCUUACAAAAGAAGUAAUGAAAAUCGGUGCUAUUUCUGAUGUGAACAGGAAUACUAUUGAAAAGCUGUGCAGCACUAUCUUGAAAGCUGCCAUUCUCUGGUGGGGUAACUAAUCGUUUUGCAGCAUUAGAAUGUUACAGACGUGUGUGGACAACCUCAUUGAUCUUCAGGCAUCAGAUGAUAAAGCCUUGAAAACAAGAUUAAGAAGAUGAGCCCAACUCAUUGUGUGUGUAGCUGUGGUCAACCUCAUUACCAAGGUUCUCUCCUACCAGCCUUUGUUUGUACCCAUAGGGAUGGGUAGGAGAGAACCCUCAGAACAAGGUUGAGCUGAGGUUUGGGGGAAUGUAAUGUAAUUCCAUGGGAAAUAGAAUAACAAAGAGCUCUUUUUGGGGGAUCUUUGCUAGUAUUGAUACUGCUCCUUUGAUUACAGUACUCCAACAAUUUGCUUACUGGGAAAGUUUCACAAAGAUGCACAAACAAAAAAUAGCACAGUUGACAAAAGAUGAGGCCUCAAUGACAGAGAAAGAGUCCUGGCUUGAUCUGAGACCAAUUUUUACCAUAUUAUUAUACAUAUGAAUACUGAUUUUAUUUUCUAUUUAAGGUCAUGGCAAACUUGUUAUGGCAGAUGGCAGUUUUUAUGAAGGGCAGUUUAUGGAUGGUGAAAUCCAGGGACAUGGUUUUCGUCGAUGGGUGUCAACAAAAAAUGAAUACACGGGACAGUUUGUCUCGGGAGAACUGAAUGGUCACGGUAUCAUGAUGUAUGGUGAUGGAUCUCGUUAUGAAGGAGAAUGGGUUGACAAUAAACGAGAAGGUAAAGCAUAUCCAUUCCAUGUGCAAUAAUAAAUUAUUGAAAGCCCUAUGGUGGCUUAAAAGUGUCAUGGCAAUUACAAUUUCCCUCCUGGCAGUUUCAAUAUUUGCUCACUGCAAUUUCAAUUCUGCUUACUGCAAUUUCAAUUUCGCUCAUGGCUAACCGUAAAAGCCACUUUCACAGAGAACUUUAAAUUAACCACGAGGAAACCCUUUGAUAAAUUUUUUACAUAGCUCCAUUUUACCCAGUCAGGUAGCCAAUUGGUCUUUGUCACAGACAGAUCUUAACUUCUGGUUAAUAAGUCCGUCUGGGAAACAAUGCUGAAGUCCUUGUUCUAGGUCCCCAGCUGUGUACCAGGAUUUGAGUAUGCAUCAUGAUUGACCUGUUAAAGAAACUAUUGUCGAUUUCCCAGUCAGGUUUAAAAAGAAAUUUGAAUGGCAUUUCCAGAGCAAGAAUAUUAGGCUGAUUUAGCAACAGAAUGGGAAUGCCAGUUGGUGACUGGGCGUGCAAAUCAAACAACUGUCUUGACCAAUGGCAGAACGGCCAAUUUGGCACUGGAAGUCGAGUUUAGUCCUUUUCGUGCACUUUCCCGUUGUCACAUGACAUUCCUGUUCUGUUGCUAAAUCAGGCUAUCUAGGCGCUGCCUUGCAGACGUUGCUGACCAGGGUUGGAUUAAGUCUGCGAUGUAGGCUGACAGCCAAUCAGAACACAGGAUCUGCUAAAUCUUGCGCUUCUGUGGAGCUAGCCAUAUGUUGGUAAAAAGGGAGUACAGUGGAACCCUGUCUUGUGACCACCCAGUUUAUAUGACUACCUUGUUGUUAAGACCAUAAUCUUUUGACCCAAACUUAAAAAUCACUGAGUCAUUUUAUUACUUUGAAGACCCCGUUAAGAUGACCACCUCGUUGUUACGACCAGGAUUUUAUGGCCCUAUGGUGGUCGCAUUAAUGAGGUUCCACUGUAUUUUACUACUCAGCAAUGUUUACUGCCUUUCCUUGUCAGGUGAGGGAAAACUCAUCAGUAAAGAUGGAACAGUUUAUGAAGGAUCUUUCCAUAACCACCGAAGACAUGGGGAAGGCAAAUUAAUGUUUAGGUUAGGAGCUGUAAUAACUCAGGCUCACAAUAGACGUUAUUCAUGAUACCCACUAUCUUUGCAUGCGCUGAAGGACUUAUGCGAUAAAAGCAAUGUCACAUCAUUUCUCAGGGGACAAACAAGUGCAAAAAUUUGGCAAUGCAAGACAUUGUGGUUGAGUUUGUUCACUCUAGACAACAGAAAAUGAAAAACUUUUCAUCUUAAAGACGAGAUAAUAGUGGCAAAUUACGGGUGGAAGUGAUUAUUGUUUUUUUUUUUGGUGCACAGCUAGGGGCCCCAGCCACAGGUCAAAUCCAGUCUGAUCCAAUAAAAAACUAAGGUAAAAGAAGAAAUGGUAAAGAGUCUUUAUUUUACGUUGGUAGCUUGAAAUAGUCAUCUGACUAGCGAACCUAAGGCAGAUGGUGCGCUCAUUUUAUCCCCCCUCCCCCUUCAUCAGUGCUCCAUUUUAUGGGUAUUUAAAGCUACUUAAAGCUACACAGACGGGAAAGAAGUCAAAAGAAGGAUUUGUGGGCACACCUGGGAAUCAAACUCGAGACCUCCUGCACAGAAGGCUGAGCACUAAUCAACUGGGCUAAUUCUUCAUCCUCCAAUCUAGGUUUUGUCAACAUUAAAAUUCACUCAAUAAUCUCUUGUAACUUGAUGGCAAAACAUGCCUCCUGGAUGUCCAGUUCUCAUGUAAUCUGGUUUAAGGCCUGAUUGGAACCAAUUUCUCUCUUUUGUUUUCUCCCAUCAGCAAUGGUGAUAUUUAUGAAGGAGACUGGGUUAACGAUUUACGUCAAGGACACGGAAUAAUGAAGUUUGUAGAUGGAACAAUUUAUGGGGUAUGAAAAGGAACUCUUACAUAUUAACAGUGACAAUUUGUCCUAAAUUAUUUAGAACAAAUUAAUGAUUUUUCAUACUCUGACUUUGCUUUCACUUUGUCAUGGAUUACAAUGUAUGUUUUGUAUUUUUUUAAUUUGUUAGGGUCAGUGGUGGGGAGAUGUGUUCAAUGGUGAAGGUUCCAUGAUUCAUUCUUCAGGUGUAUCGUAUGAGGGGAUGUGGGUUAAUGGAAGGCCUGAAGGUGAGAAAAGUCUCCCACUACAAAAAUGUUUAAGCCUUUUGAGUAAUUGAUUUAUCUGAGUCUGUUAAUUCCUUGAGUUGUACCUUGAGCCUCUUCAAAUUACAUUUCAAGAGGAGUUAAGUCCUUUUUGAAAGACAGUUGAGGGUAUUUUAGCAUUUUAUAGCCGUAAAUAAAUUGAAAACUUACAAAUAUGUGGAAUGGGAAAUGAGUUUUGCAGCAAUCUCAACUUUUUUAAACAACUUAAGAGUUUUAGUAGUGGAGAAUUAUUGAAGUGAGCAGUCAGGAAAAGAUGAAAGAGCUAAUUCAAAAAGAAGACCUUUGGAGCUGCAGAAAUAUUUUAGAAAUUUACACAAAAUUAUACAAAAAAGAUGAAGAAUUCCAGUGAGUGCCAUAUAACUUUAGACGAGGGAAGGGAGUGAAUAAUAAUGAAAAAAAUUAUUAUUCAUUCAAAGUAUUUCUCCAUUUCUGAUUGGCUAAAAUCGCACGCAUAAUUCCUCAUAAUCAGCUACUGUCGACCAAAUUUGGAAGAAUUUUGCAAUAUGUGAUAAAUGACGUUAACUGUGCUGCAUGCCAGAAAACUGAACAGUUAACUGAGAAGACCUGGGGACAAGGUUGAGUUGUUUUGAUAGUGACUACAAAGUGGCCGAACAUUUCACUCAUUUCACAAGGUAGAAGUAGACAAACUAUUGAACACAGCAAGAACAGCAAGAAGACAACUCAACAGAUGACAUGGGCUAUUUGGAGAAUAUAUGCAAUACUGAGCAACCCUUUAUCUCCUAAACUUGCCAAUAAACAGGCAAUUGAAGAUGAACUUAACAUCAAUGGAAGCUUGUUUUAGGUUGUUUUUAAACUAGGAAUUAUUUUGAAUGAAUAAUAAAACAAUAAUUUGAAUUUGGCUUUUGUAUCGGUCAUCUGAAGAAUUUUGGAGAUCGUGGAGCAUGUAAUCUGCCUUGGCCUCAUCCAAUAAUUGUUAAUUAUUAUACAUUGUACUCAUUAUUUGUCUUCUCAUUGGCUAAGAGCCUACAGCUAAAUUUGGAAAUCAGCACAACCUACAGAUUAGCUUGUUAUCUGCUAGCAGAUAACUGACUAAUCUGUGGGCUGCAUGCGCAAUGCAUGAUUUCCUAUAACAACACCAAUUCAGGCUCCUUGCGAUGGUGUGUUUGUCAUCAUUUUCUUCAAAACCAUGUAUAAUAAAACUAUUAUUAGAUUCGGUUUUUGUGAUAUAUCCUAAAUAAUCAAGGUCUCGGUAACUGUUAUCAGCUUCGACCUUCGGCUUGGCUGAUAACACUAAUUACACAAUGUACCUCGACCUUGAUUAUUCCACAUAUCGCAAAAACCUCAUCCAAUAAGUGUUUAUUAUUCAUGCACUUCCAAGAAAAUAUGACCUAUGAAUGAAGAUCCUGAAGAAUGAUUCAAAUUUACUUUUCAGUGGAGACUGUUCAAAUACGUAUUGUUGGAGAUGAAAAUGUUGAAGUUGUACAGGGUAGGCCUUUUGGAUUUGAAGUUGAAUGUGUCACAGCUGAUGGGGAACUCAGGCAAGGUGUGUCCUCUUUAAAAUAAGUAUUUGUCAUGUAGUUUAAAUGCAGUUUAUACAUGUACCACUUCACCUUUGCAAUAUUGACCUGGCAGGAUUAAAGGUACUUUAAUAUUAUCUUGUAACACACACAUAAAUUUUUCUUGAUUUAAUUUACUGACUUCAGAUGAAGGGAGAUUGUUCCAGGUGACAGCUGGAAUUAAAGUUAGUUCUGGUAGAAAAUCUGCUGAUGGGGAAGAGGUGGACACUGUUAUGACCCCUUUGUGAGUAUAUUGUAUUAUUACAAUCAUCUGAUUGUGUUUAUUUUCAAAAAUGCAGUAUGGUCAAAAGGUCAGCACAAGGUUUGAGUCUUGCUCCAUCCAGUAGCUGGAUUUUUCUGUUGGUUGUCCUAAAUUUAACUCCUUGAAUGGGCCUUGUGAAUAAACAAUUGGCUGCCUCUGGCCCAGCAGUUGGAGUUUUUAAUCCUGUCCUGUCAUUCUUUGGCAAUAGUUAUUUCUACUUAAUAUCUUACUAAUUAAGUGGAGUGCCUGUAAACUACCUGCAAAAGCUAUGUUUAAUUCAAUGUUCUUUAUAUACCAGACUGCAGCAUUGCAACAUUGCCACACUUUUGAGGGAGAUACCACACUAUCAUUAGCCCAAGGGGUCCCAAGGGUGCAAUUCAUAAAAUCAGUAGGACCAAUAAUAAAAAAUUGAUAUUUGACGUUUAUCAUUCAGACUUUGGACAUCUAUUAUCUAAGAAAGUAUGAGUUAUUUACACUAACUCAGACCUGAAAAACAUUGAGUUAACUUUAUUUACACUAACUCAGACCUGAAAAACAUUGCGUUAACUUUUAUUGUCAAAGAAGGUGCAAGGUAUUUACUCUAGCUGAGACUUGUGACAGUGAGUAAAAUGUUAAGUUAACUGUAUCUAAAAAUUGUGACCUGCUCCCCCCCCCCCCCGCCCCCAUGACCCCCUUUUAGCCUCUCUAUGGGUCCUAUACACCCCAGUGUAGAAAAUCCUGGUAAGAACACUGUUAAUUCCACUGUAGAAAAAACAUUAACCAUUUUGUAUUUUUUUCCAAUUUUCAUUUGCAGUGGCUUUGAAAUUGAGCCUUAUCUGUUAACAGAGCUACUUGGGGAGAUCUCCAGUGAGACUGUAUUAUAUGGACUAAACUCCCAAGCAGCAAGUGUCAUGUCUAACAGACCAGGUCAACCAUCUCCACCAAUAGGUGAUGAGUUGGCUAAACCAAUCGAUAAUCUUCAGGUAAUCUCUGUUCUUUCUUUUUUUAUGAUAGUUGUAUCCUGCUUUUAUGCCCUCUAUUGUUUUGUUUGUUAUUUCAUUUGAUAAAUAAUAUAUUGUAGGUCUCAAUAGAGCAUAGACAACUUUCCAUAAUUAAAUUAGCUUUUAUUUCAUUUAAUUUUUUUUGCUUGGAAAGUGCCUUUGAAGCCAUGCCCGCAGGGUACAUGUAACUCUGAGAACGUCACUUAAGGAAAGAGAACAUCCAUGGGUUAACACGGCUUCUGAACUUCCCUUAUACGAACAAACAAAAACCUGUGAAAAUUUUUCCUUUGGAUUUGACAUUACUCAGAUAUGACUGAGUCUCUUUGAUCUAUCCACCAGCUUUGACAGGACUAGCUAUAGUGGGAACUUAAAAACAAAAUUCAGAGUAAAGGUUUACAUAUACUAUGAGCAGUCAUUUCAGUCCGUCAAGUCAAGGCUAGGCAGGACUAGAGGGAGGGAAUCUAAGACAGUUUUGGAUUCUGGAUUCCAGUCUUUGUACUAAGUAAAAUUUGGAUUCUGGAUUUGAGGGAUUCCGGAUUCCGGAUUCGCUUACAUGGGGUGAGAAAACGAAAUGCCCUUGUUUUCUCCCACUUGACAUGCUCGCCAAUGUGACAAUCCCAAGGGAAUGCUGCAGUCUACUUAUAAUAAGUAAUGGUCCAGAUAAGAAGGAAAGAACCAAAUGCAAUGAAAAUGUCGGAAUGCAAAAAGAUGCUACCUAACUUAACUAUUGUCUCUAUACUUCUGAUUCGUUUCAACAUCAAAUUUUACGAAAUCUUCGCUUAGCAGCAAGUAGAUUAAUCCCUUGCUUUCUAACCAACUUCCU